AUGGCGGGCUGCAAGAAAACCACCAUCUCACGUCAGUCUUCCUACACUUCUCUCUACCGCAAUCCCCUGAUCGAGCACAAACACCACCGCAGCUCGAGCGAAGACGGCGGGGCCUCCCACAUUCGCCGGAGCUCAUCCAUCACCGGUGGUGAUAAUAAAGAAAACGGCGAGCCGAAUUUGAAACCUGCAGGAAAAUUGAACUCUUGUGGAAAAGAAAAUGGGGCCCCUGAAGCUGCAAAAAAUCCUGUCUUGAAAGAGCCCUCGAGUGGAAAUUCACAGAUGAGGGACAGUUUGCUUAAAUCAUCUUCACUUGAGCUGUGUAUGAAAAUUAAUGAGCCGGAUUCGAUUAUCGGUUUGAAGAUGUGGGACGCUGUUUAUUCGGAUAAAUCGAGCUCGGCUAAUGCGUGGGACUAUUCUGAUUCGGAAUCUGCACCUGCUUCGUCCUGGUCGAAUUUGCCCAAUAGGUCUUUGUUGUGUAGGCCAUUGCCCUUGGAUGUUGGGAGAUGCACAUGUAUUAUAGUGAAAGAAUCAUCACCCAAUGGAUUCUUCUGUGGGUCUUUGUACACUCUGUAUACUUAUGAGGGAAAGGGGCGGCAAAACCGCAAGCUUGCCGCUGCUCACCAUAGAAGGCGGCGUGGAAAAUCGGAGUUCGUAAUCGCGCAAGACGAAAAGGGCAUAAUGACUAAGUCAGAUGACAGUUUGAUUGGGAUAGUCACUUCUAAUAUCAUGGGCUCAAAGUAUCACAUAUGGGACCAGGCACUAUGUCUAAAUUCCUUAGCCAAAAACCCCAAGUUACUGGCAGCUGUGAAAUUCACGCCGACUGUAUCGACUUGGACUGGAACUUACAGAAGCAUGAAGGCAUGGGUACCAAAGCACCAAUCCAUGCAGCUCAAGAAUACAAAUCAGAUACAACAUAUUAAUGGAUUGCCUACAGAAUGGGAGGAAAACAAAGAUAGAGUUCAUCGGCUAUUCUCGAAAGUCCCCUUUUACAAUAAGUUUUCGAAGCAGUACGAGUUAGAUUUCAGAGACAGAGGAAGGGCCAGCCUUAAAAUCAAGAGCUCAGUAAAGAACUUUCAACUAACUUUGGAAAGGAAUGGAAAACAAUCAAUCCUUCAACUGGGACGGAUGGGAAAGUCGAAAUACGUGAUGGAUUACAGAUAUCCUUUGACUGGUUAUCAAGCUUUCUGCAUGUGUUUGGCCUCCAUUGAUUCGAAACUCUGCUGCACCGUAUAA